AGUGUCAACACUUGGACGGAGAUAGAGAGCUGCUGCGGAGCAACGACGAUGUCGGAGCAGGAGUCUCUGAGGUGCUCCAGUGCCAGAAAUCGUGGAGGCGUCCAAAGGGUCGAAGGAAAACUGCGAGCCAGUGUUGAAAAGGGCGAUUACUAUGAAGCACACCAGAUGUACAGGACUUUAUUUUUUAGGUACAUGUCACAGGCAAAACAUGCUGAGGCCAGGGAGCUGAUGUACAAUGGCGCUCUGCUCUUCUUCAGCUAUAACCAGCAAAACAGUGCAGCAGAUCUGUCAAUGCUGGUGCUGGAAGUGUUGGAGAAAUCUGAGACAAAAGUUGAAGAUGAAAUAUUAGAAAGCCUGGCUAAGCUGUUCAGCCUGAUGGACCAAAACUCUCCAGAGAGAGUAGCGUUUGUGUCCAGAGCCUUGAAAUGGUCCACAGGAGGAUCCAGCAAGUUGGGUCACCCAAAACUACACCAACUGCUAGCUGUCACCUUGUGGAAAGAGCAAAACUACAGCGAGUCUCGUUAUCACUUCCUGCAUUCGUCUGACGGGGAGGGCUGCGCACAGAUGCUGGUGGAGUAUUCAGCGUCACGAGGCUUCCGCAGCGAGGUCGACAUGUUUGUGGCGCAGGCCGUCCUACAGUUCCUCUGCUUAAAGAACAAAAACAGCGCUUCUGUGGUGUUCAGCACAUACACAGAGAAACACCCGUCCAUAGAGAAGGGCCCACCCUUCGUCCAGCCUCUACUAAACUUUAUCUGGUUUCUGCUGCUGGCAGUGGAUGGGGGUAAAUUAACAGUUUUCACAGUGUUAUGUGAACAAUAUCAACCUUCUCUGAAGAGGGACCCCAUGUAUAAUGAGUAUCUCGACAGGAUAGGACAGCUUUUCUUUGGCGUUCCACCCAAACAGUCGCCAUCAUACGGUGGACUGCUAGGAAACCUGCUGAAUAGCUUGAUGGGGUCGGGCGAGGAGGAUGACGGGGCUGAAGAGGCCCAGGAGGACAGCAGCCCCAUAGAGCUGGACUGAGCCUGCAGCCCAGGAGAAGGAGAACAAAUGAACACACACACACACAAAAAAAAAAUGAGAAAGACCACCCCGCCUCCCUUCGUCACCUCGACAGCAGGGAUGGGGCGAGGCUCUGGUCUGUGUUUUCAGAGGCGUGCUGUCUCCAGAAACCCCAACCCACCCUGUCAAGUCCAAAAUCAGAAUAAGAAUCAGGCCGCCAAAACAUCCCCUGACAGCACUGCCUGGACUGACUGCGCCAAACUGCAAACUCUCCCCGUGUUGAAUUAUUUUAUUUUAAUCAUUAUUUGAUUUGUUAGUUUGGGAGUCUUACUCUGGGUUUAUCAUUCUUAAAUAGCAGAUAACCAACUGUCCUCUCCCUGUGAAACCCUGCUCCUGAUGGGAGUCUCCCAGCAGAGAGGAUAGUAUCCCAAGUGAAACCCCUCUGCAUAAUGUUGAUCGCAUCAUUAGAAGAGGGUUUAGUGAACUCACUACAAAUAUCCAACUGUUCUGUUUGUCAUACAGACACACAGGGUUCGAUCAGAGCCACGGUGUUGCUGUUGUUGGCAUUUUUCAACAGCUUAUUCCGUUAAGUCUCUUCUUUCAGUAGUAAAUUAAAUUGUACUUGUAGCCAGGGCCACCUCUCAUCUGUAGUUUGUCCAUUGGCUUCAUGGACAAAAAAAAAAAAAAUAAAAGACACCAGAUCUCUGAGUAAUUUAUUAUUAGAGGUCAUUGUGCACCUUGAAUUUCAACCAAACAAACCUUUUCUGCUCAGUGUCUCCUCUGUGGAUCAUAUUGGUGGCUGUCUUUUUUUUUCUUUUUUUUUAAUUCAAGAAAAUGGCUACAAACGUAGAGCUGUCUGUAUACAAAUAGCUCCAGUGUAGAGGUUUCUCUUUUUUAAAUGUGCACUUGCUGAACUGCUGCUGAGCUUGCACCAUCUCAAAGAGAAACUGUGUUGGAAGAUUCAGUUUUGGCCUUGUUACAGUUACAGCCAGAAGUCUUAGAAAUUCUGGUUAUGAGGCGUUGGAAGCACUUAGGGUCUGCAAAGGCAAAUCUAGAGAUGAGAGGAGCAAAAGGAGACACUGUGAAAACCCGACUGUUGGAGUGAAUCUCGCUUUGCAUGUUAUAAAACGCUGAUAUUUAAACCUGCUGCUUACCUGACUAUUUCUGGCUAAGUCUUCUGUCUCUUUUUCUGUUCUCUCUUCUUCUUUUUUUUUUUUUUAAUUUAUGUUAAACAGUUCCUCUUGGAGGUGGAUCAGGAGUCCCUCAUUAGUUCAGCCUGUGCACAGUACAAUAACUGCUGUUUAUCAGUGUUAACUUCACGGGCCCACAGAGAACACACUCAUUCUGCUUGCUUUCUUUGCUCACAUCGUUCAGUCUUCAGCUUCGUUUCGUCCUCGUAGUGACAUCAGUCCAGGUCUUGUCGGUUGGCUGUUUUUUUUUUUUUUAGGAUUUAAAAAAAAAAAAAAAAAAGACCAAAACCCUAACUGUGCUCCAGAUAAUCUUGAGGGGUCAAAUCCCGCCUGUGAAGUCAGACUUUUUACUAAAUACUAGGAAACUAGGAAUGUCCACAGGUCUUCCAGUGUAGAAUAGUGUUUAUUUACUCUUAUCUGUGUGGGACUAUGGAAGUCCAAAAUGGCCAAUAUUAAAUAAAGACAUUAUGAAAUAAAUAAUCUCAUUAUCAGUUGAGUAAAGAACCAAGAAACUGUAACAUAAUUCAAUAUUUAUUAUUAUUAUUGAUUAUAUUAUUUAAAACUAAUUUUUGUUGCUUCAACAUUUUUGUUUUUUUAAAAUGAGGUUGCUGAAAUACCAUUUCCUGAUAAGUAUGUGUUUUUAAUAAUUUAUUGAUUUAUGUGACAGGUUAUUGGUUCAUUUAAAUAUUUUACUUUUAUUUCAGGACUUCAGAUUUAUUUAUUUAAUAUUGACCAUUCUGUCAUUCCAUACAGGACUGGCUGGCUACAUGUCUUAGUGCUACAGAAGGACAGAUAGAAUAGUGUUGAGUUGUCGGUGUACAUGCUCUGCUGUGAUUGCUAUCUAUCUUAUGAUGUUGAAGACACAAGUGAGAGACAAGUGGUGUGGCAGUCAAGGAGUUAGUUAACAACAGCGGUCAUCAGAGAGUGGGGGCAAAAAAAUCUAAUCUAAAACCUGCAAACAGUGAUGACUUAGCAGAAUUUUAUUUGAAUGUUUAAGUCAUGAAAAGUCUCAGUUCAGAACCAGGACUCUCUCUGGUGACCAGCUCUUCCUGCAGGCCUCCCCGUUACACCUCUGAGGUCGAAACAUCCAAAGGGAGAUUCAGGCAAAACUGACUCUCAGGCUCCUCAACAACAUUUUCCAAAGACAUCAGCAACUAAACGAAACAGUAUCACAGAACAUGCUCUGCCACGCUUUUUGUCUGACAUGUCAGGUGCAGAACGAACAAAACUUUUUACUAACCUGAGAGUCAGUUUUGUCAGAAUUCUCCUUUGAUUAUCGGGCAGUAAAAAAAGGUGUGCGACCAAAGGCCUACUGUGUGUGUGUGUGUGUGUGUGUGCGUGUGUGCGUGUGUGCGUGCGCGCCUGUGUGUGUCAGUGAAAAUCAUCACAGCUUUUGUAUUUGCCUUUUUUUUUUCCUUUGAGAACUAAAGGGGGUGUUGUUUGCCUUUUCAAUGAUUCACUAAUUGAAUAAAUAAACUACAACGGAGAAGA